AUGGAAGAUAGUAAUAUUGAUAAUAGAAGAGCAUUUAUAGAAACUCUCAUAACAAGAGUACAAUCCCUAUUACCUAAUAGAACCGGUCAUCCCUUAACUGAAGUGGAAUUAAAUCCUCAAUUCAUUGUUGCCAAAAAAAUCUUACUUGAAAAUCAAACUAAACAUGAAUCAAUUGUUACAUUUAUAAUUCUUACCUUUGUGAAUCAUUUAAUUGCUAUUAAUGAUGAAGCAAAUGGUGUGAAAUUAAAGGAUCGAGAUGAAAAAUCAGUGGCUUCAACUUUAAUCAUUGUUAAAUUAUUAUCAGAGAUUUUGAAAUCAAAUUGGAAUCGUGAAAAAACUUUAUAUAAUUAUGAUCAUAAUGAUUUAGUUUCUAAUUAUUCUCGAUUUUAUUAUUAUGAACCUCCAUCUCCGAUAGAUCCAGCCAUUAUAAAUCAUUUAUUAAGUACAUUUAUGAAUCUUUUAUCAUUAGGUGUUGUUAAAAGAGUAUUGGCCAUUGUAAAACCAGAUUUAGAAGAGUCCAAAGAUGAUAGUUCAAAUCCAUCAAGUUCAUUAUCAAAUAAUAGUCCAUUAAGUCAACAAUUAAAUCAACAAUCUAUAGAUACAGAAUUAAUUAAUAAUCAUAUUGAUGAAAUAGAUAAUCAUAUAGAAGUCAUAUUACGAUAUAUUGCAUCUGCUAAUCCAGAUCAUUAUUAUGAGUUCAUUCAUGCUAAGAUCUUUAAAUACAGUACCAAUGAUGAAUUUAUACCUAUCCCAAUCUUACAAAAGUAUUCACCUAUGAUUAAAUUUAUGUUCUUUUCUCAUGAAAAUAGUGAAAGAAUAGCUGCUGAUAUUAUUAAAGCGUUACCAUUUAUAAAGUCCAUCAGUUGGAAACAAAUUUUUUAUGUAUUCUUAUCAACCAGUAUCAAAGAUCAAACGUUUUCAAGAAGUCAAGAUUAUACUUCCAUUAUAACUUUAUCAAAUCCAGAAUUUUUAAAAGUGGUACAAAAUUUAUUCGAUCAUGCAUCUUCUGUGUUUGAUGAUAAUAUAACUUCAUUAGCAUGUACUGCAUUUACUUUAACUUGGUUAGUGAUUUUAUGUCUUGAUGAUUUCGUUGAAUUGGAAGCUGAUAAACCUUUAAAUAAAUUAAAAAUAACUUUCAAUAAAAGAUUGAAGUUCUUAGUAUCGGUAUUAAAAGAUACUUCAAUGUCAACCAAUUUGGAAAGUUUUGAUUCAUUAAUUAAUAUGUAUCAUUUGGCAGCAAGAUUGAAAACUUCAGGAUAUACUGAUCACCCAGUAUAUAAGUUUGGGUUGAGAUAUCUUGAAACAACUCAUAUCAACCUUGUUAAAUAUGGUCAAAGUCACGCAGCACAAUUAUCUAGUGACGAAGCAUUAUUUACAAAGUAUGAUUAUUUGGUAGUAAAUUAUUAUAUUGCUGCUAGUAUGUUAAAACCUGAUAAAUUCAACAAUAUAAUCUUUCAAAACUAUCAAUCACAUCAAGAUAAUAUAAGAGAAGUUAGGAUUUUGGUUAAGAUUUUAAAAGGAUUAUCUGAAUUGGAGAAAGCUAAGGACUUAUUUCAUGAUAUCAUGUUAAAAUUAGCAAUUCCUUUAAGAAUCACGAUUUUUGGGUCGAUUAAAAUAUUAAAGCAAUAUGAUUAUGAAAGAAAUCAACAUAAUCCUCUCUUAUCAUCAUCAUCUUCGGCUGCAUCUUUAUAUUCCGAUAUUUUGAGUGUGGAAAGUGGUCAAUUAUUUAGCUUCCCUUCAGAAUUCCCCUUAACUAAAAAGACCAGUUUGGAUCAUUAUCUUCAAGAUAUAUCACCUUCUUCAACAUCAAUUAGUAAUACUAUUGAUUCUCAAAUCGAUGAUUCAUUCAAUGCUCCAUCCAACAAUAAUAAUAAUAGUUCUGUAAAUCCAGUAUCACAUCAUAGUCAUCUUCAUAAUCACCAAGCAUCUAAUUCAUCAUCUAAUUCAACCACCACUCAUUCAUUAUCAAGACAUCGACUUAAGUUGGUGGCUACUACACAAGAGAUUUUGGCAGAUGCCUUCCAUGUAUUUACAGCUGCUCCUGAAUUAUAUUUCAAUGAAGCAGAAUUAAUGAAUGAUUUUAAUUUACAAUCGAGAAAUUAUGAUGAAUUAAUUCAAAAAAUAUUACAAUUUUGUCAAGAGGCUUGCAUUCCAUUCAAAGUUGCGUUCCGUAGUAAACAGGAUGAUUCUAAAUUAUUUGAUGCUGGAUGUUUAUUAGCUAUGAUUUUAGUUGAUGAAAAUACUUUGAUUGUCAAGAAUCAUACUACCUUAUCAACAUUUGCUAAUUAUACUAUUUCUAAUUAUAUUAUUCAAACCAUUUGUGAAUCCUGUUUACUGUUGUCAUUGAUUGAUUCGAAAUUCAAAGCAUGUUUCCUUUUCAUAAAUGAUUUCUUACAACGUCGUGAUGUCUUUUCCCCAAUUAUUUUAUCAAAUAAAAUCAUUACCGAUCCUGCUACCAGUAAAUACUUUGAAGUUGGAGGUGGAGUGAUUCAUUCAAUUGAAAAGAUUUUAUUACUUUCAUUAUGUACUCAUGAUAUUCAAUUUUAUAAUAUUGCAAAGACUACUAUGAGAUGGUAUUGUAAUGAAAUUAAUAACCAAUCUCAAAUUUAUAAAAACAAUGGUCAAGAAAUAGAUGAGAAUUUAUUAGAGACUUUUGAAAGAAUCAUUAAUGAUGACUCAGUAUUCACUGGAUUUGUAUCUUUACAUAAAAGAUUCAGAAGUAUUUUACGUGAUGCUAAACCAACAAAAUCAUUAUACCAAGUUUGGUUAGUCAUAUAUAAUCGUUGGUUGGAAUUAUUAGAUAAUAAGGAUGAAAGUUUGGUUUUCAAACACUACACUGGAUUCUUAGUCUCAACUUCUGGUUGUUUCCUUUCUACACAAUUUUCCAAUAAUGAUCCGGUUCAAAAAGAAAAAUCACUUAAUUACAUCAGUGAAUUCUUUGAUAAAUGUAUUGGAUUAUUAACCUUCCAUGACUUAGGAAUAAGAUUGGUUGUGACUGAUGCCUUAUCAAAUGAAUCUCAUUCUGACGUUUAUCAUUUGAUCUCAUCCAAAUUAAUGCAUGUUGCUAAUGGUUAUGCUGAAAAGAAAAUCAUUAAUGAUGAAUCUGUGCUUUACAUAGAACAAGCAUUAGUUAUAAUAACCAAUAUGAUGACCAUUAAGAAUGAUGGGGCUUUCUUAUUGGCUUCGUUAUUACCUAAUAUUUGUCAAUUUUUUAUUAAAUUCAUUAAUUUAUUAGAUGAUUUAAAGGAUAUGUUACGAUUAAAAUUGAAAUUUUGUCGUUUGGGUAUAACAUUAGAAACUGAACGUGAAAGAGUUGGGUUAAGAGGGGCAUUUAAAUUAAGAAAUAUUUAUGCCAAGGCUUCAGCUGAAUGGUUAGAAGGAGCUGUAUUUUUUGAAGAAUUAAGAGAAGAAGAAGGUCUUAGCAGUGGUGUUCAUAGUGAAACUGCUCUGUCAGUUAAAUCUACCAGCAAUGAAUCAGAAAUUUAUCUUAUGGAUUUAGCAGUUUUAUCAUCAAAAUGUUUACUGUUACAAUUAGACGAGAUUGUGUUGGAAGUGCCUGAUGGUACCAAAGAUUCUGAAAUUAGAAAGUACAAAGAUUUAGCAUUUGGAAAUUAUUUUUCAUUAUUCUAUAAAAUCAUUCAAAAAUAUUCGGCCGUUAAUACUGGUUCAAACAAAUCAAAGCAUAAGAUUAAUCAAAUAAUUGAAAACAUCUUAAAGAGUGUAUCUAAUAUUUUGAAAUACGAUACUGAUAUAGGUAUGCAAUUUGUUUUACCAAUGGGUUAUCAUCCUAAUAAGAAGAUAAGAUCAAUAUUUUUGAGUGUAUUUUCUUAUAUGCUUGCCUCUAGAAAGAGUAAAAAGUCAAAGGAAGAAUAUCCUGAUCAUAUUAUUCAAAAGCUAUCUGAGAUAACUGAAAUAUAUGGUGCCGUGGCUGAAGUUGCUUCACUGACUGAACAUAGUUUAUUCUCAUCUUCAUUGUUUGGUAUAUUUGGGUAUACGAAAAAAUUGGAUGACUUGUUUACUGUUUUAUUAAAUGAGGAAUUUAGUAACGUUACUCGUUCGUCCGAUAUAUUCAGAAGUAAUUCGACAUUAACAAGAUUAUUAUCUAACUUUGUUAAAGAUUAUGGUAAUGACUAUUUGUUAACUACUUUAAAACCAUUUGUUCAAGAAUUAGUGGAUAAUGAUAUUGUUUGCCAAGUUGAAAAAGCUGAUACUAGUGAAGCUGACACCAAAAUGUUUAUGAAAUACUUUAACAAAUUGGUUGAUAUAAUAACUCUGUCCAAUGACAAUAUCCCAAGCUCGUUCAAAUUUAUUUGUUCGGAGAUUUAUAAAUGCGUGGAAAAGAAAUUUACUGAUGCUGCAUUGGUAGCAGUAGGUUCAUUCUUAUUUUUAAGAUUUAUUUGUCCUGCUAUUGUCAGUCCGGAAGUGUUUUUGGAUAUCACAGUUACCAAUCCAAAGGUUCGUAAAACCUUAAUUCAAUUGACUAAAGUUUUACAAAAUAUUGCCAAUGGGUCUUUAAGUUCAUUAAAAUUACCUGGUUUAAGUUCUUGUACUGAGGAAAUCAAUUCCGCCAAUAUCAAAAUAUUCGAAUUCAUGAAAUAUGUUUCAACUCAGGAAUCAAGCGUUUAUCCGUUUGAAAGUAUCAAUAAUAAACCUGUUUCCGAAUUGAGAUAUUUGCAUAAGUUUAUUUAUACUUAUUUUAUCAAUAUCAAAGUUCAAUAUUUAACUACCACAUCCAACGUCACUAAUUUGCAUGAUAGAAUCAGAAUGUUUAAAAUAUUCGAUUGUAUUGCUCAAGAGUUGGGUUAUCCAAAGCCUUCAGUCCAAUUACAAAUCAACGCACCUAAUAAAAAUUCUGAUCCAAACAAUAUUUCAACUAAUCAGUACAAUGACUUUAUGACUAAGAUGUCAAUGACUUAUAAUGAUAAAUCAAUUGAUUCUAACAUUAUCCAUAAUUCAAUCUUUUCUGAUGGUACACCAGUUGUGGUUCUUAAUUUUAAACAAUUACAACGUCAACUUAAUUAUGAUAUGUAUUAUUUGGUUUAUAAAUUAUUUGAAACCGCUUCACAAAUAUGGGAGAACAAGUUCUACUUUGUAUUGGAUUUUACUGAAUUAGUCAUUAAAGAUGAUUUAGAUAAACUUUACGUUCAACUUGUUAGUACGUAUGCUCCAGAGCAAUUAUUCAGAAAUUGUGCUAGGAUUUAUUACUUCAAUAUUCCAAGAACCGGUUAUUUAAGAAUAACUGAUUCUAUGAAAUCAUUAAGAAAGAUCGGAGCUGAAUACGGAACAAAGAUCUAUACUUAUUCACAAGCUGAUUCUCCUGAUAUCAUCCACAGUCUUUGUUUGGAUGCCGAUUCAGUGUCAAUAGUGAGAGACACCAAGGUUGUGUUUAGUCAUGUCAAGGCAUAUGACGAAGAGAGCAAGACAUAUUCACCAGUCAAUGUUAGGAUUGGAAGAAAAUGGUUUCAAGUUUGUUCAGAAGAUCGAGUUAUUUUCAAGGGUUCUGCAUGUGUCACUGAUAGUUUUGUUCCAGUUGAAAUAUAUAGAUUAUCAGAAUUCUCGAAGUGUGAAGUUACCAAUUAUACUGGAUAUGCGGAUGAAUUCACUAUAUUUUUGAAAUUCGGUCAUAAGAUAACCUUUAGAUCUCACGAACGCCUGGAAAUUCUUAGAUUUAUUUAUUUCACAACUUCAAGAUUAACCAAAGAAAUGAAAUCAAUCGAAGACAAAACUGGUGAAAGAGAACAUAAUAUGCACUGGUUUGGAAGAUUAUAUAAUAUUGUCUUCCAAGGUUUAUUAUGUAGCGACGAUGAAGUUAGAGCUUCGGCAUCAUUAUUAUUUGGAGCCUUAUCAACUUAUUUUGAAAUUGAUUUCGGUAUUGAUUGUCAUCAUGCUAAGAGUAUUGCAUUCCCAGCCAAUACAACGCAAUUUGUGGUUUCAGUAUCAAGUCAUUUAGCUAAAAACUUACCAACUUUAUCAUACAGGUUUUUCAAGGCAUUCUUUGAUAAUUAUGAAAAAUUACCAGAAGAAAAUAAAUUGAGUUCAAUAAUUUAUGUUUCGCCCUGGAUUUCAAAUAUUUAUGAAUAUAUCUAUCUUGAAAAUGAAAACAACGGAGCUGCCAGACUUGCAGAACUUGUUAGGUUAUUUUGCAGAAUUUCUGCUCUUAAUAAAGAUUAUAUCGCAUUUUUGAAUGAUUAUAUUUGGAAAACUUUGUUUGCUGAAACAAGAUUGAUUUCUGUUUUGGUAGAUGAGGUGGUUGCAUAUGCGGUAGAUAACAAGAAUGAUGCAGACUGGUCGUUCAUUAUAGCUACCAUAAGUCCAUCAAUCGAAGUGAGUGGUGAAGUCGUUUCAAGAUUGAUUAGUUGUGUCAAUAAGGCUAAGAAAAACGAAUCUUCCAUUGUAUCACAGAGUAGAUUGUUUGAAAUCAAAGUGUUGGUCAAGAUUUGUUCAUCAUUAUUUUUCAAUUCAUUCACUUUAGCAAGAUUAUAUGUGGCGGAUAUAUUCUUUUUCUGUACUCUUUUCAUUGAUAAUGUCUACUUAGAGUUUGGUCCAGAUUUACAAAAAUUGGUUAUUAAUAUCAUUCAAUCAUUCUUACAUAAGCCAGAGUUAACACCAGAACAAGAAAAAGUAGUCGAUGAUACUAUUAACUACUUCAGUAGUCAAAGAGCUAAAAUGUUAUUUGGUAUGACAAGAGAUAUCACAUCAUCUGCUGUUGAUGUUGGUCAAAUCUAUAAUCGUGCCACAAAUUUCGAAAUCCUUUGUGAUUACUUGAAUGACUUCAUUCUUGCUAUUGGUUCUACUGAUGAUACAAAAGUAUGGAGAGCUAGAUGGUGUUCUUACACCAUUGAUGUUGCCUUUUCCAAGGAAUCUCUUUUCCAAAGUAGAGGUAUUUUGGUUUAUGGUAUUCUUGCCAAGAGUGGUAUUAAUGAUUCUACUGCUUGUAGAGGAUUAAAAUUGAUUGCAAAUGGAGAUGUUAGUACUUUAGAAUAUACUACAAGUAUUAGUAUUGCUACUGCUCGUGUAAUCCAAGGUUUGCCUGAAACAUCAAUAUUACCACCUAUUUUAGUUUGGCCACAAUUUUGCUUUGGUCUUAUGAAUUAUUCGGUAUUAUACCAACCUUCAAUUCAAUGUUUGGUAAACUGUUUAGUGAAAAUUAUCGAGGUUGGUCAAGAUUAUAUUGAUAAAGCGUUUGAACAAAGACUUUACUUAGAACCAUAUAUAAGUGAUUUUGAAAGAUCUUAUAAAUUUGAAAUCACUAAACAAAAUUUUGGGGUUCAUAUAUUUUUCGUGUUAACUCAAGGUUUAAGAAUUUCUCAUUUCAAACAUACUUCGUUGACUUGCUUAAAGCAGUACUUUUCAAUAAGAUAUAAGUAUAAAGAUAGAAAUGAGAUUGAAGGUAAAUACGUUCAAACAAAUGCUCUUGCUUAUCUUGUUUUCAUUUAUUUAAGUUCAGAUGAUUCUGAUUUCGAAGCUUUCAUUCAAGAACUUGGUAUUCAUACCGAAUACGUUACUAUUACCAAUGGACGUAUUCCAAAGAUUGUGAUUGACUUUUUUGCACAGCAAAGUGAUCCAUCCAUGGUGACUUUAAUUCAUGCUGCAUAUUUUGUCGAGUCUAAAUCUGUCGAUAGUGUUUUCAAGACAAAAUUCUUACAUGUUUAUGAUUACAUUUUCAGAAGAUACCCUGAAGUUGGUUUAUUAGUAUAUCAUAUCUUGAAACCAGCCUUAGAGCAUAGCUUUUUAACGUCGACUUCUACUGAUCUUGUGGAGACCAUAUCUAAGAUUAUGAUUUCUGUGUUUAGUUCUGAUACCUAUUCAGCAGCACAAUAUAAGGCCAAGGUUGAUGAGAUUCUUGGUAGUAGUAAGAUCACUAUAAUCAAGGAGAAUAGAAAGAUGAGAACUCCUGAAGGUUUCCAUACCGGUAAUGCGUUUGAAAACACAGUAUCAGCCGAUUUAAAGAAAUUACAAAUGAUGCUUUAUAGAAGUGCCUGUUUAUUUGUGGAAGGGUCAAGAUUAGAGGAUUGA